AUGGGCUUUUCUUGUCCUAUUAAUUUUGACCAGAAGGCAAGGCUGCUUUCUUCAUCUCUUGAACUCUCAAAAUCUCAAAAAGCCCUUCCCCCAUCAGCAGCAAGAAAAGCUCCAAUUCUUUUUUUUUCUUCUCAUUGUUUCACCUUUCAAAUUGCUGAUGAGAAGAUCCAGCAGAAUCCCACCUCGACCCCAUCCUCCCCGCCGCCACCACCCGCCGCCGCGACCGCCGCCGCCGCGUCCAAGAUCCCGUUCCGGCCCCGCAAGACCCGGAAGCUCACGAACCAACGGCUGGACCCCGAAACCGCCGCCGCCGCCUUCCCUUCCCGUUCUCGCCGCCCCCGAAUCCUCAAACCCCUGUCUUCCGACGGCGAGAUCGAGCUCGCCCUCGGCCACCUCCGCCGCGCCGACCCUUUGCUCUCCGCCCUCAUAGGCUCCCUCGAGGCCCCCACCUUCGCCUCCUCGGCCCGCCCUUUCCUCGCCCUCGCCAGGAGCAUCCUCUACCAGCAGCUGGCCACCAAGGCCGCCCAGACCAUCUACGCGCGCUUCCUCGCGCUCUUCGGCGGCGGCGGCGGCGGCGGCGAGGACGGCGAGGACGGCGUCUCCCCCGACUCGCUCCUCGCGCUCUCGCCCCAGCAGCUGCGGCAGGCCGGGGUCUCCGGCCGCAAAGCCGGGUACCUCCACGACCUCGCCGAGAAUUUCAGGAGCGGCGCGCUGUCGGACGAGUCGAUUCUCGAGAUGGAGGACGAGGCUCUCCUGACCGCGCUGACGAGGGUCAAGGGAAUCGGGGUCUGGUCGGUUCAUAUGUUCAUGAUGUUCUCGCUCCACCGGCCUGACGUCUUGCCCGUGGGUGAUCUCGGAGUGAGGAAGGGCGUGCAGGCAAUGCACGAGCUCAAGGAGCUGCCUAAGCCACUGGAGAUGGAGGAGCUCUGCGAGAAGUGGAGGCCUUAUAGGUCUGUCGGGUCUUGGUACAUGUGGAGGCUCAUGGAGUCCAAGGCCGCAGCCGCAAAGGCAAUGCCGGCUUCGGCGCCUGCUCCGGUGCAGAGUCGAUGAAAUUGCUUGUUAACGUUGGUCAGCAUUGGUAAUACUAAUCAGCAUUCUUUGCAGUUUUCUGCUUCUUGCUGUCCUAUGUUGUGCCUUUGUUCCAAUCGGUUCUAGUGUAUGUUUAAAUUAGGUGCCUUUGGAAUAUUGAUGGAUUAUUUAUCAGCCUUCUUGAUGAUCUUAAUCUAUGAAGCUGCAAGAUGCAGAGGUUUUACCU